UUCACCCCAACUCUCCCCCUCCUGAAAGGCGCUUUAGCGCAUGCAGAUUGGCGAGAACCACCAAGAGUCCGUCCAUCCUUCCAGCUGCCAACGUCUCUGCAGAGCGCGCACGAGUGCACACUCGGCGCACACAUCCCGUAAACACAAAACGCGCGCGACGAGAGGGUUGAGGGGCGGUGGGGGUUUUGAGAGAGAGAGCGGGUCACAUGCACGCUCUCUGCGGGCUGCGGGAUCUCUCUACUGGUCCGCGAACGUGCGCGUCCAGCCUGCCUCUUCCCUUCUCCUCAGCCCCGGGACGGCAAUGACAAGAGACCGAGCGCUGUGAUCUGGCAGAGGCGGCUCGAGCCCCCCCCACCAUGCGCGGCGGGGCCAGCAGAGAUUGCAGUGCAGCAUCAGCCGCAGGCGCACGCACAAUGAAGACUGGAUUACUACAACGUUGACGUUCUUUGCCGUCACAAAGUGAGAACAACCUGGAAUUCCACUCUUUUUUUUUUUUUUUGGCACGGUGGAAAUUAUCGCUCUCCCGAUAUUUGGUGGUUUGUCCCCCCCCCCCCCCCCCCUCCUGUUGUGCAGGGUUUGAGAGUGAGCACCAUACGAGGCUGUAAGGGGACCGUUGCAAUGUCAUCUCACGCCACUGUUUUGGAGCUCCGUGGAAGGGAGACGCUGGGCUGAAGUGGUUCGGAAGUAUGUCCGCCAGCAGCAAAAGAAGCAAGAGGAGGAGUCGAAGGUGCAGUGACUUUGGCAGUGGUGGCCACGCCGUGCUGCGCUCCUUAACCCUCUUGCUUCUGGGGACCCUCGUCGCCGACCCCGUGGCGGCUCAAAAGCAGCGAGGGGGUGCCUCGGAGAAAGUGCCAGUCCUAAACAUUGCGGUGAUUCUGGGGCGCACGCGCUACAUCUCCGACCGGGACAUCCGGGCGCUGUGGAGCAAGGAGGAACCUAUUGACGUCAACGUGGUCUCGCUGCUCGUCAACGAGACGGACCCGAAAAGCAUCAUCACCAACAUGUGCGACCUGAUGUCCGGGACUAAGAUCCACGGUGUGGUGUUUGGGGAUGGCACAGACCAGGAGGCCAUUGCCCAGAUUUUGGAUUUUAUUUCCUCGCAGACGCUCAUACCCAUCCUGGGCAUCCACGGAGGCUCGUCCAUGAUCAUGGCGGAUAAGGACGUAAAGUCGACGUUCUUCCAGUUUGGCGCCUCCAUCCAGCAGGAGGCUCUGCUGAUGCUGAACAUCAUGGAGGAGUACGACUGGCACAUUUUCUCCAUCGUGACCUCAAAGUUCCCCGGCUACCAGGAGUUUAUCAACAUUCUAAAAACCACCGUGGACAACAGUUUCGUGGGCUGGGACCUGCAGAAUAUCAUCGUUCUGGACGCGGUGGAGGAAGACAGCCGCUCCCAGAUCAUGCUGAAGAAGGUCCAGUCCCCCGUGGUGGUGCUCUACUGCUCCAAGGACGAGGCCGUCUACAUCCUGGAGGAGGCGCGCUCGCUGGGCCUCACGGGCUUCGGCUACAUCUGGAUCGUGCCGUCCCUGACCACCGGCAACCCGGAGAUAACGCCGGAGGAGUUCCCGUCGGGGAUGAUUUCCGUCUCGUACGACGACUGGGAUUACCCGUUGGAGGCGCGCGUGCGCGACGGCCUGGGCAUCAUCACGUCGGCGGCGGCGGCCAUGUUGGAUGAGUACGGCGACAUCCCCGAAGCCAGGACGUCUUGUUACGGCCAGAUGGAGAAGACCAGCAAGCUGCCGCCCAGCGCACUGCAUAAGUACAUGAUGAACGUGACGUGGGAAGGCCGAGACUUGUCCUUCACGGAAGACGGGUACCAAGAACGUCCAAAGCUGGUGGUCAUUGUUCUCAACAAGGAGCGAGAGUGGGAGAAGAUGGGGAAGCUGGACAACGGCAGCCUGACUCUCAAGUACCCGGUGUGGCCCCGCUUCAACUCCUUCGGCGACGCCGAGAUGGACGACAACCACUUGUCCAUCGUCACGCUGGAGGAGAAGCCGUUUGUCAUCGUGGAAGACGUGGAGCGGCUGACCGGCACCUGCAUGAGGAACUCCGUGCCCUGCAGGAAACAUAUCAAAGACAACACGACUGAGGCUGGCGGGACAUACAUCAAGAAGUGCUGCAAAGGCUUCUGUAUUGACAUUCUGAAGAAGAUAGCCAAGUACGUCAAGUUCACCUAUGACCUGUACCUAGUAACCAAUGGCAAACACGGAAAGAAGAUUAACAAUGUCUGGAAUGGGAUGGUGGGAGAGGUGGUCUAUAAGAAAGCCGUCAUGGCCGUCGGAUCUCUGACGAUCAAUGAGGAGCGUUCUGAGGUCAUCGAUUUCUCUGUCCCAUUCGUGGAAACUGGUAUCAGCGUCAUGGUGUCUCGCAGCAAUGGAACCGUGUCCCCUUCAGCCUUCCUCGAGCCAUUCAGUGCAUCAGUGUGGGUGAUGAUGUUUGUGAUGCUCCUACUGGUGACUGCAAUGGCCGUCUUCAUGUUCGAAUACAUCAGUCCCCUCGGCUUCAACAGAAACCUGGCGCAGGGAAAAGACCCCCACGGCCCCUCCUUCACCAUGGGCAAGGCGGUGUGGCUGCUCUGGGGUCUGGUCUUCAACAACUCCGUCCCGGUCCAAAAUCCGAAGGGAACCACCAGCAAGUUCAUCGUGUCCGUGUGGGCCUUCUUCGCCGUCAUCUUCCUGGCUUCCUACACUGCGAACCUGGCCGCGUUCAUGAUCCAGGAAGAGUUUGUGGACCAAGUCACCGGGCUCUCUGACAAUAAGUUUCAGAACCCGUACGCUUACUCGCCUCCAUUCCGCUUCGGCACCGUCCCAAAUGGGUCCACUGAAAGGAACAUCAGAAAGAACUACCCUUCCAUGCACCAGUACAUGGUGAAGUAUCACCAAACGGGAGUUGUGGAUGCACUUGUCAGCCUCAAAUCUGGGAAACUGGACGCCUUCAUCUAUGACGCGGCGGUGUUGAACUACAUGGCCGGCAGAGACGAGGGGUGUAAGCUGGUGACCAUUGGCAGCGGGUACAUCUUUGCCACCACCGGCUACGGCAUCGCGCUGCAAAAAGGAUCGUACUGGAAGCGACAGGUGGACCUGGCGAUUCUGGCCAUCAUCGGAGACGGUGAAAUGGAGGAAUUAGAAGCGCAGUGGUUGACGGGCAUUUGCCACAAUGAGAAGAACGAGGUGAUGUCCAGCCAGCUGGACGUAGACAACAUGGCGGGGGUCUUCUACAUGCUAGCCACCGCCAUGGGGCUCUCCCUCAUCACCUUUGUGUCUGAGCAUCUCUUCUACUGGAGGCUCCGAUACUGCUUCACCGGUGUCUGCACGGGCACGCCUGGUCUUCUCUUCAGCAUCAGUCGGGGUAUCUGGAGUUGCAUCCAUGGAGUUCACAUUGACAUGAAGAAGAAGAGCGAUCUGGACUUCAGUCCACAAGACAAGAUGCUGAAGCUCAUCAAGUCGGCCAAGCACAUGACCAACAUGUCUAACCUGGCCGGCUCGCACAUGAACUCGCCCAAACGGGAGUUCAUGCACUCGGCUGGCCCUAUGAUCAUGGACAUGAUGGCAGAGAAGGGCAACUUCAUUUAUGCUGACAACAGAAGCUACGCUCCCAAAGACAUGAUGUACGGGGACACGGGUGAUUUGCAGUCUUAUCUGACCAACCGCCACAAAGACCAUCUGAACAACUACAUCUUCCAGGGAGGCCAACAUCCUCUGACCUUGAAUGAUGCCAAUCCCAACUCUGUAGAGGUGGCAGUUAGUGCCGACGCAGUCCAGACCAACGCCAAACCACCGCGCACUCUGUGGAAGAAGUCGGUUGAUACACUCCGCUCUGCGCCACCCGGACCGUCGCCCAUGCCUGACAUGCUGAUGCCAGACCCGCGGAUUUCAAUGAAGACACAACGCUACCUCCCCGAGGACACGGCCCACUCUGACAUCUCGGACUGCUCCAGCAGAGCGGCUUCAUACAAAGAUCCAGAAAACAACAAGCACCUUAAAGGCAAGGACAACUUAAAAAAAAGACCCGUGACUUCAAAAUAUCCACGAGACUGUAGUGAGGUCGAGUUGUCCUACUUGAAAACUAAGCAGGUCAGCGGCGGAACCAACCAACUUGGCAGAGGAGGUGGAGAGAAAAUCUACACGAUCGACUCCGACCGAGAGAUGAGCUUGCACUCGGACCCCGUACUCUACCGGGAGAGUCGUGGCCUCGCAGCUGAUGAUUUGGAAUACCCUGAAAUCUACUCUGACCACAGUGAUAACUAUCGAAAAUGUGAGCAGCCCAUCAUCCAUUUGAACUCAUCACCACUACAUCAUACAGAUUCAGACCUGCUUCCGGACCCAACUUAUGCGAAACACUACAACAUGAAAGAGAAAAAUAUUUCCAUGUCCCCGCAUGAGUCGAUUGAUCGCUAUAAACAGACACACUGCCGUUCCUGCUUGUCCAAAGUGACUGCUAGCUACCCUCCAGCAGGGGCUUACACUCCUGCGGUAUCUGCCGCAGCCUCUGCUGCGCGCUCACCAUAUAACCGAUGUGAAGCAUGUCUCCACACUGCAAACCUGUAUGACAUUAGUGAGGACCACCUUCUUGCAGACUCCUUGGUCAGCCCCACCCUGCACCACCACCAACAGCAUCAGCAACCGGAUGAAAUGUUUGGCCUGUAUUGGCCACAAACAGACGGGCCGCACGUCCAGAAGAGAAACCGCUUGAGGCUGAGUCGGCAGCAUUCCUUUGACAACAUACUGCUAGAGAAACCCAAGGAUGUAGACUUGGGGCGACCGGCACGCAGCGUCAGCCUCAAGGAGAAAGAUCGCUUUCUGGACUCCACAUCUGACUCACACUACGCAAACCUCUUCAACAUGCGUCCCUACUCCGGCAGACUGUUCGGCACCACAUCCAAAUCCAUGAUGUUUAAUCACAACCUGGAGGAGAGCAAGAGGAGCAAGUCCCUGUACCCGGCCCAUGGCUCGGAAAACCCUUUCCUCAGCCACACGCUGAGAGACGACACCAGCAGCAGACUGGUCCACGGGCGUAGCUCCUCUGAUAUUUACAAACAGCUGGCAGUGGCGUCGCCAGCAGCGAUUCUUGGAGCAGCCCCCAUCAAAACACGCAACGAGGCGAACAAUCUUCGCUCUUCCGUGAAAUCCACCACCUCAUACUGCUCACGGGAUGGGCGGAUACCUAACGACAUGUACAAUAAGGAGCAUGUAAUGCCUUACUCUGCCAAUAAGACUUGUGCGUACCCAGCCUCGCGUGGCGUCCUAAACUCAGCGCAAUUCAGCAAUAGACGAGUGUAUAAAAAAAUCCCUAGUCUGGAGUCCGAUGUUUAGUCCAAAACCAUGUUUUCUCCUAUUUGGAUUUGUAUUAUUCUCAUUUCUAUCCACUAAGGGAUGCCAUAGCCACACUUUUCUUCUCUUGUAGUCUAGAAGAACCUUUGCCCAUUUGGGUGUGACAGUUCUGCUUCUGUCGCUGCAGAUGAUAUCACAGUUUUUUGUCCGUUUCCUGCCAUGUACUAAUCAGUUGGCUGCUUCCGAUAGUUCUUUGUCAUUUUGUGUCUCGCCGUACUCAGGAGAUGAGGUAUCAGCUUUCUCGGUAUUGGUAGGAAACACGGUUCAAGAGAACAUCUGAGAGUUGCCGGGGGAACAGAGCCUUUGUUGAUUCGAGAUGGGAACGAACGAACGUAAUCCAAUCGUCCGUUUGUCUCCAACCUUUUCCGACAAGAACGUGGCUAAGCAGGGAGACCGGAUGGGCACGUGUGGGUCUUUGGCGAGACAUAGAGGCAUCCCCGGAGAGCAGGGCACCGCGAUGAGCUGAUCCAACAGUCUGUUGCUUGUUACGCUGGCAAACAUGGCAACGGCGAUGCCUGGCAGAGCACAACAAGAAAGUAGAGAUGAACGGUUGGUUCAUUUCCAGGCAGUCGUUCAGACCCAGUUUAGUCUUGCGAAGAUGGCAGUAGGAGAUACCAAUGUUUACAGACUGAAAAAAAAAAAUUGCGGCAAUGUAUGGCUUUCUAUAAACUAUAAGAUUUCUUGGAGAUUCUGGCACUGGCACCUAUGUAGGCGUUGAGUGUUUGCUUCAUAGUUAGCACUAUAGCCAUUAGUUUUCAAACCUUUCUCCUACAAUCACUUUUAAAAAGCAAGGCUUUUUUGAAAAAAAAACAAAAAAACAUUAUUUUUGCACGUGCAGAUCUUUACCCCGUUGUAGAUUAGAAGGGGGAAAAUAAACCACAUACUCAUAAGUAUAUUUUCCAUCGACAAGGAUGCGGCUGACGGACGUUUGUACAAUCGAAAUUCCGACCUUAGUAAAGCAGCGUCAAGCCGAAAGGCGUCGAAGGGGAAGAGUUGACGAGCGGAUGCAACCGUUUUUAUUACUUUCUUUCGCCCACCUUGCCAAUGACAAACAGGGUAUUUAUUAGUUACUAGAAAAAACAGGCGAAUCCUUCCCCCUUCCAUGCUUUGAUAAACAUCACACUCCAAUCGGGUGUGAAAUUGCUUCCGUCCUUUGUUUUUUUUGUACAUGAAAGAUCUGACCUGUGGUCUCGUGAAGAACAGUUUCCUGAAGUCUCGACCAUCGAUGUCGAGCAGGGUAGCCGUCACCAAGACGUAGGUCUGACAACAGGCAGAGGAGGUUUUGUGUGUGCGUGGCAGCCCUUGGAUGAGCUUAAGGACGAACAACUUCCAAUUAUUUAUACACUUUGAUUUUUUUUUUUUUUUUGACGUACAGUAGGUCUGGAUUAGUUUUUGCCUCAUCCCUGGACUUAUGAUGCAGUAUUAUCUGCUCACAGAUGCCACCUGGUGGUUGUUUGGAGACCCCGCAUAAAUGAACCAACCCCCCCAAACCCUCAUGCUGCUCCCACACGCCGGGUUCUCACAGGGAACGAGGCCAAAACUACUCCCGACCCACUGCAGCUUCGAGGAAAAUGUCCAAUUUAGGGAGAAAACAAAGUAUGAUCGAGUUGCUUUGAUGGACGGGAAUUGACAAAUUGUAUCAAAUGAUAUACCUCAGGAUGGCGAGUCUGCGCAUUGCGGGGGAGCUUCAACCAUCGCGUCACGGGGAGACAAAGAUUUUGUAGAAAACAGGAGAAAACGUUGAAAAAAUGUUUAUAGUUGCUGCAAACGGAACCAAACCUAUUUUUUUUCUCCCUGUCAAGGUCUUCCUUAACUUGCGACUGAAAUGUCCAACAAUCCAGCAGCCCUUUGGUGAAUCUUUUAUUUUCUAUUUUUUAUUUUUUAUUUUUUUUUUUAGUUGAAGCUCCGCAAACGCAUUCAUAUCUCAUUUCAUACUCUUGGAAUACUUCCUUCCAUUGCUUCUGCCGACCCUACUGACUGAUGAGCAAUAUUUUCCUCCUUAAUUAUAUUUAUUUUUGCAUCUUAUCUACAUAUUUAUUAUUAACAUAUUUAUCUCCACACACUGAUCGUGUGAGCGGAUGAGUGAACAAUAUUCACAUGUAUUAAAAAAAAAAAAAAAAAAAAAAAAAAAAAAAAUGAAUGAAAGAAAGAAGAAGAUAUCAAACAGCACCCUUGCAUUUUAUUAUGGACUCAUGAUAUAUGGUUCUGUUCUUUCUACGUUGGCAGAACCGUCAUGUAAGAGUGAUGCUGUUUUUACGUUGGGAACACACAACACCCCCUGUGAUGACAACCCUGCUCUUUUUUUUUUAAUGACAAAAAAUGUAUUUUAAUUAACGGUAAAUAAUUGAGGUGAUGGCAUGCAACCCCAGAUGUAACGAUGUUUUCUGUUUGCUUUCAUUUUGUCAUGAUGGUAUGAUCACUAAUGCAUUGUAACCAGGUGUGAGUAUAUACAUAUUUGAGGGGGGUUGGGGGGGGGGGGGGGGGUUUACAGUGGGUCUGGAUUUAGUUCUUGCCUCAUCCCACACAGAAUCCAUGUGAAGACCUGACACAGUACGGAGGGGAUUCAUAUGGCCCCGGUUUACCUAACACACGGAACGUGACGAAUUGAGGGCUGCACUAUCCACAUUUUUUGCCAGUAGAGUGUCAAAUAUCUUAAAACAGACGUUUUUAAAGGUUUGGAUUUCGGGGCCCAACUUUUUCACUACACCGGGGCCCGGGACACCACUUAAAUAACACAAAAUGAGUCAACUUACUCUUGAUAUCCAACCUACUUACAGUUUACAACCUUAUCAAAUGUCUUGAAAGCAUGUGUUAAUUUAGGCUUACGUCAGGCUGAUUAGAAAAGCAAAUACUAACCAAUUGUACUUUAUAAAUAACUGACACAAAAUAUAUUUACACACAAAAUAAACUAAAUAAAUCGUGAAUAAGUUGAUUGGCAACACUAAAUUGGCCCUAGUGUGUGGAUGUGAGUGUGAAUGUUGUCUGUCUAUCUGUGUUGGCCCCGCGAUGAGGUGGCGACUUGUCCAGGGUGUACCCCGCCUUCCGCCCGAUUGUAGCUGAGAUAGGCUCCAGCGCCCCCCCGCGACCCCAAAGGGAAUAAGCGGUAGAAAAUGGAUGGAUGGAUGGAAUAGUGAAUAUGUUUCCUAAUUAAACUGGCAAUACAAAUAUGGUGGAAAUGAAAAAAGAGAUUCAGGAAUUUUUGCGCUUCAAAAAAUUAGCUCCGGAUUUUGGGGAUUUUGUCUUUACUGCCACAAGUGGUGGAAAAGUGUAUUACAACUGACCACAGCUGAGAAACACAUAUUGUUUGGCGGCCCUAUGGUUAAAAAAACACUGUCUUGAAAUGUGUUUUGUGGCGAUUCCAGCGUUGACCACAGCCAUGUAGAGUGGUGUUUUCCAUCAUUUUCAGCAGACUGCAUUGCAAAAAUGAUUGAUAUCUUUCUUAAGUAAACUGUCGAUAUGAUUAAAGUGCAAAUGAAAAUACAGAUUCACCACAUAAGUCAUAAUUUUUGCGCUUAAAAAAACGUAUCUGACUCUGGUUUCAGAUGUUUUCCGUUUGAUAUUGUCUUUACUGCCACAAGUGGUGGAAACGUGCAUUACAACUGAGUACGGACCAGAACUGAGAAACACAUUGUUUGGCGGCCCUAUGGUUAAAAACACUGUCUUAAAAUGUGUUUUGUGGCGAUUCCAGCGUUGACCACAGCCAUGUAGAGUGGUGUUUUCCAUCAUUUUCAGCAGACUGCAUUGCAAAAAUGAUUGAUUUCUUUGUUAAGUAAACUGUCGAUAGAAUUAAAGUGCAAAUGAAAAUACAGAUUCACCAGUUUAGUCAUCAGUUUUGCGCUUAAAAAAACGUAUCUGUCUGUAGUUUCAGAUUUUUUCUUUUUGAUAUUGUAUUUACUACAAGUGGUGGAAAAGUGUAUUACAACUGAGUAUGGAACCCAACUAAGAAGCACAUAUUGUUUGGCAACCCUCUAAGGGGCGCUCACGGCUCUAUGGUUAAAAAACACAUUUCAACAUUGAACCCUGCGUCAGUUGCCAUGUAGAGUGGUGAUUUCCAUCAUUUUCAGCAGACUGCAUUGCAAAAAUGAUUGAUAUAUUUCUUAAGAAAACUUCUGAUAGAAUUCAAGUGCAAAUAAAAAUACAGAUUAACACAUUUUGUCAUAAUUUUUGCCCUUUAAAAAAUGUGUUCCAGAUUUCUUUCGGUUUGAUUUUGUCUUUACUGCCACAAGUGGUGGAAAAGUGAGAAAUACAUAUUGUUUGGCAGCCCUAUGGUUAAAAACACUGUCUUAAAAUGUGUUUCGUGGCGAUUGCAACGUUGACCACAGCGUCAUUUGCCAUGUAGAGCGGCACUUUCCAUCAUUUUCAGCAGACUGCAUUGCAAACAUUAUUGAUAUCUUUCCUAAGUAAACUAUCAAUAAAAUUAAAGUGCAAAUGCAAAUACAGAUUCACCACUUUAGUCACAAUUGUUGCGCUUAAGAAAACUACUCGGACUAUUGCUCCAGAUUUUUUUCCCGUUUGAUUCUGUCUUUACUGCCACAAGUGGUUGAAAGGUAUAUUACAACUGGGUAUGGACCACAGCUCAGAAACACAUAUUGUUUGGCGGCGCUCUAGGGGGCAGUCACAGCCCUAUGGUUAAGAAACACUCCCUUAAAAUGUGUUUUGUGGCGAUUCUAACAUUGACUAUUGCGCUUUCCAUCAUUUUCAGCAGACUGUAUUGCAGAAAUGAUUAUCUUUCUUAAGUAAAAUUAUUGAUAGAAUUAAAGAGCAAAUGAAAAUACAGAUUCACCACUUUAGUCAUAAAUGUUGCGCUUAUUUCUCAGACUGUAAUUUCAGAUUUGUUUCUGUUUGAUAUUGUCUUUACUGCCACAAGUGGUGGAAAAGUGUAUUACAACUGAGUAUGGACCACAACUAGGGGGGCGCUCACGGCCCUAUGGUUAAGAAACACUGUCUUGAAAUAUGUUUUGUGGCGAUUUUAAGUUGACCCCUGCGUCAGUUGCGAUGUAGAGUGGUGCUUUCAAUCAUUUUCAGCAGACUGCAUUGCAAAAAUGAUUGAUUUAUUUCUUAAGUAAACUGUCGAUAGAAUUAAAGUGCAAAUGAAAAUACAGAUUAACCAGUUUAGUCAUCAUUUUUGCGGUGAAAAAAACGUAUCUGACUGUAGUUUCAGAUUUUUUCUGUUUGAUAUUGUCUUUACUGUCACAAGUAAAGACAAUAUCACCGUGAGCGCCCGAAACACUCUCUUAAAAUGUGUUUUGUGGUGAUUCUAACGUUGACCACAGCAACAGUUGGCAUGUCGAGUGCCGCUUUCCAUCAUUUUCUGCAAACUGCAUUGCAAAACGAUGGAUCCACCCAGGAAUGGGGCCAAAUUAGCCCCUUCCCUACUGUAAGUCCGAAAGAGAUGAUACCUGGUAGUUGUUUGAGCACACUGCAGCCAGUCAUGGAUAGUCCAGUCACACGCAGGAUUCUCACAGGAAUGAGGCAAAAAACAAUUCCUUCAGACACACUCUUUGUUAGACACAGUGAAGCUGCUGCUGCUUCUUUGGGGGGUGGGGGGGUGGGGAGGUGCGGGUCCUGACCUUGUGGCCCUCUCCCCUCAUUGGCUCGUCGGGUCAUUAUCAGGCCCCCAGGUCAGAGGUCAAGGCUGGGUUUUGGUGUGGCGGGACAUCCUUGCUCUUCCUCCGUGGCAGGUGAGAAUUUAGAAAAAAAAAAAAAAAAAAAGUAUCACCAGCGCUGCUUCUCUCUUCCUCCUCCUCGUCGAGCCAGGACUCCGCCGGCCAACACGACAAAAACACUGCAGAAAAGGAGAGGGAAAAAAAAAACAGAGACUGAGUCGGCUCUCCCUCCAAAGAUACUUUUUUCUUUAUGGUUUGCUGUAAGAAACGCUUUUUUAAGGGAAACAAAACAAACUGUUAAUUUGGGUACAAAUUCCUGAAAGACGUUUAAAAGAACUAUUUUGAAUAUGAUUAAGAAACACCUGUAAACGUCACCUGUAAAUGACUGGAAUUCAUCAUCAUGGAGGAUUAUACAUGAGGAAGAGGAAAAACAAUAUUUUUUGUGUGAACAUCACAGGAGCUCUUCUGUACAGUGGCUCUCUCUCUCUCUCUCUCUCGCUCUCUCUCUCUCUCUCUCUCUCUCUCUCUCUCUCUCUCUCUCUCUCUCUCUCUCUCUCUCUCUCCAUGUCGAGCGACUAGAAUAAAACUUCACCAUUCACAAGA